CUGAAAGUUCUUUUCAUAUCCUGUCUGUUAUUUUCAGGGGGAUAUGAAAAAAAUGGUUUCGGUUCAAUCUAUAUAAAGGGAAGUAAUGACUUGCUUAUACAGCACUGGACGUCUCUGUCAAGGCUUUCUUAGGAAUCAUGAACCACUUAGCUGCACGGUUGCCUUUUUAGAAAAUGGAGCCUGAGAAGACUGACGUUGGGACAGCAGUGGCUUGUGUGAUUCUGGGUCUGUCCUUCCUGAUAGGGGUUCCGGGGAACCUGCUGGUAAUCUGGACAAUCCUGAGACACGUCAAGCAGCGCUCCCACACUGUAGUGCUCAUUCUGCACCUGGCUGCUGCUGAUCUGCUGGUCCUCAUCACCCUGCCUCUAUGGAUCUAUUCCCUGCUGCAUGCCUGGGUGUUUGGAGUGGUCUCCUGCAAGGCUUUAGUGUACAUUGUCAGUGUGUGCAUGUUCAGCAGCAUCUUCUUCAUCACCCUUAUGGGUAUGGAACGCUUUUUAGCCAUCUGUUAUCCAUUUGUGAUGAUGCGGUGGAAGACCGAGAGCACUAUAAAUGGAUAUCUCGUACUUUUGUGGCUCCUUGCUGUGCUUCUAGGAGUGCCUGCUUCACUGUCUCAGUCUUUGGAUGAAGGAACUGAGCAGUGUUUUAUCAGGGAAUUCAGCUCUGUGACUCAAGCAAUCAUCAUGUUAUGUCUGGAGACCUUGGCAGGCUUUGCAGUACCGUUUAUCAUCCUUAUUAUCUGUUACUGCCUAGUAGCAGCUAAACUUAGGAAAAUAAAUUUCACCUCCAAACAGAAAUCCAUGGUUCUUAUUUACACUGUAGUGAUAGCCUUCACAUUGUGCUGGUUGCCUUAUCAUGUCAUUAACAUUAUCGAUGUGGUUUGCAUCUUAAGAUCAAGUACAGAACACGAAUGUGUGCCGCAGAUUGUUGUCUUUAGCUCUGGUGCCCUUGUUUUCAUUAGCAGUUCAGUGAAUCCUGUGUUAUAUACUUUCUUUGCAAGGAACUUGCGAGGAAGUCUUGAGCAGUCCCGACUGGUCAGGCUGUUCCAGGAAAUGGCAAAUCAUUCCAACAAACACAGAGAGCUAGUAGUACAGCAGCAGACUGACCAGAGGGCAGCAAAUACACACAUAGAGCUGAUGUCUGACUCUGUGUGAAAAAGAAUGAAUCUCUGAAAC